AUGGCUGCAGCCAAGCAUGUCUUCAUAAUUCUUGCUGUCAUUUUUCCGAUCAUCGUCUCCGGCAAGGACUUUAUAGUCGGAGAUGAGAUGGGUUGGACGAUAAACUUCGAUUAUCAAGCUUGGGCGCAAGGCAAAGAUUUCCGAGUUGGAGACAAGCUCAUCUUUCAAUAUCCCGCCGGAGCUCACAACGUUUUCAAGGUGAACGGAACAGCCUUCCAGAACUGCACCAAGCCUCCACUGAAAGAAGCUCUAACUUCCGGCAACGACACCAUCGUGCUGGCGACUCCCGGCCGGAAGUGGUACAUUUGCGGCGUCGGCCAGCACUGCGCCGUCGGAGGCCAGAAGCUGGUCAUCACCGUCGACAACCCGGUGGCAGCGCCGCCAACGGCAGCAGCUCCUUCUCCUGCUCCUCACAGUUUUGAUCGUAUGAGCCCCUCCCAGCAGGCCUUGCCCUAUGAAAAUUCAGCAAAUCAGAUUAUUGGAAACAUGGCAGCUCCCAUUAUGUGGAUGAUGAUGAUGAUGAUUAUGAUGAUCUUGGUGGCUUAA